AUGGCUCUGGAGACGCUCAGCGCGCGAUCGCGUACCCAAUCGGGUGGUGCCGGUCUCAUCCAGUCCAGUAAGGGCGGCCACGUGUCCGUGGAAGUGUGUCCUGAAGGCGACAACGACGACACCACAACCGAGACGACGCAGCUUCUGGAAGACGAAAACGAUAACAAUAAGAAGAGCAAAACUAAACAGACACAACUCGAUUUGGAGACGGCUGAUGACCAGGAGCUCAAGAAGAAAGAGAAGGCAGCGACUGCAGCGGCCAAAACGUCGUACGUGGCCCCGUCCGUCGUGGUCUUCUGGCUCAGUAUGUGGUUCACGCAGAAUAUCGGCGUGACCUUCUGGAACAAGAAAGCUCUGGGUGCUCUGCGUCUACCCGUGACACUGACAUUCGUUCACAUGACAUGCAACACACUGGGCGCCUUCCUGUAUAUCCACGUGUUCAAGGGCAUCGAACGAAAGCAGCUCAAGCCUGGACAGAAGCAGCUCAUGGUCUACUUCUCGCUCAUCUUCGUGAGCAAUAUCAUCACAGGCAACUGGAGUCUGGGACUCGUGUCAAUCUCCUUCAACCAGGUCAUGCGUGCGCUGGUUCCAGCAGUCGUCGUCGUGCUCAGUAUGCUGAUCCUGGGCAAAACAUACUCGCUCAAACGCAAACUUUCGCUCGUUCCUGUUGCUUUCGGCGUGUACUUGGCAUGCACUGGAGACAAUUCAUGUACUGUAUUGGGCUUCAUCAUCACAGUCGUGGCCAUUAUAUUCGCUGGUUUGAAGGCAGUUCUCUCCAAUAAGUUCCUGAGCGGAGACCUGAAGCUUCACCCCGUGGACUUGAUCAUGCAUCAGGCUCCUCUGUCCGCGUGCUGGUGUCUUAUCACCAUGUUUUUGACUGGUGAAGUGGACACGAUCAUGGACAACUGGGAAGUGGUGCCUUCAGCCAGUUUCUGGUUCAUUCUCACCGGUAUUAUCAGCUUCAUGCUGAAUGUUACGAGUUUCAUGGCCAACAAAGUUACGUCUCCCGUAACAUUGUGCGUUUGUGGCAACAUGAAGCAGGUCGUCGUAAUCGUCAUGUCCAUCCUCAUCAACCACGACGUCAUUACAGUACAAAAGGCCAUCGGUAUCGUUGUUGUAUCAAUCGGUGGCGCAACGUACGCCUACAUCUCGACAAAAGAAACGAUGGGCCAGUCCACACUCCCCGCACCAGCUAAGAAGACGAAGGUGCAAACGCAGAAAGCUUGA